AUGCCUGAGCCUCAGCCUCCUGCUCCACCUAGACACCAAGAUUUGGGAGUUGAAGGUCUUCGUCAGCUCCAUGAUCAAGGUACAAUGGAUCUUUGGAGGGAAUACCAACGCCAGUACGACUUUGACGCCCGACGCCAUGAUGAAAGCCGCAGGGACUUCUUAGCCCUUCGUACUGCUAUUCUUGAAUCUAUCCCUAGCAACCACAGAUUGGGACUGGAUCCAAGCCUGUCUAUCCGAGAGAUCAUUAGGACGCAGCAUUCUAGUUUCCAGCAGUCUGUGCAAUCCCGAUUACAGGAACUAAACCAGAAGUACGAGCUUCGCAAAGCACCGGGCAAGAAUAAGUCAGUUGAUAAGUGGUUCCAAGAAUGGAGGGACUUCCUUACUGAUGCGAGAAAUUGCCCUAAUUACUCUAUUAACAAGAUGCAAGCCUUGAUCCACUUCCACGGCGCUAUUCAACCAAUCAUACCGAUGUUCGCCGCAAUUAGGAGUGCCGCAACUAUUAACUGCUCUGAGGAUCAGAUAGGUCUACAAAACGAGAUCCACCAGUUUGAGCAACAAUACGUUAUCCAUAAAGCUCAAUCCCGGAAGUAG